AUGAGCAAAACAACGGAUAGGAAGAAAAACUUACGCCCUAAGAUUAAUACACAAAAUCUGGACAUUUCGGAGCCAUACGCCUUUAAACAUGAUUUACAUAUCGGUCAAGAGGUUUACCAGGAAAGACGUGUUGACAACCACUAUGUGUUUCCCAAAUCACCAAUUCUUGACAGAAAAGAAAAUAUCAGAGAUGACUUAUUGAACUCAAGCAUUCCACAAGUAAUUGCAACACAAGUAAUACCAGCAAUACGUUCAGAGAUUGGUGACAUCGUGGAGGAGAAGAUUAGAUAUAUUUUCAAUGAACAUAAGAUGAAUUCUGACGCUCGUCAUUGCCAGACAUGUCUGUGUCCUGAGAAGAAGAAAGUGAUUGACGGAGAAGAAAUUCAAAUUGAUACAAAUGAAAGUAAAAAUGCAACAGUUAAAGAGAACACUGACGUAAUCCAAGAAGAUUUUGACGAUACAUUAGUUAAACGCAUUACCGAUAGUGAAAAUCAAAACCAUGAAGAAAAACUGAAAGAUAUUAAAUCAUUCACUUCAAAACCAAAUUCUAAAGAAUCACAUGAUAUUUCUAGACAUUUUCAACAUGGUGAAAAACUUAUUAAAUAUGGUUCGGAUAUACAGUUAGACCACGAUAAGCACACAGAAAAGGAAAAGGCACAAGGUUUUAUGAGAACUCAAACAUUGCCUGCCUCAGCACAUCGUACCAAUCCUAACAGACAACACGAGCUGAAUACUUACAUUGGCAAUGCUUUAUCAAAAUCGGAUGAAAGAAAAUGUCUUGCUGAUGCUCUUCAGUGGCAUGUAGAAGAGCUUAUAGACGGUAUUGUGUUCAAAGAUAGUGAGUUACCAGAUGAUCUUCUAGCUGACAGUUGUCUUACAGAUGAAGAAUGUGCUGAUUUAAGGAACACACUUGAUCGUAAAAAUCAAGUUCGUGUUUUAACAAGUAUAAUAAAGGGAAGAGACUUGAAAGUCCUUCUACGGUUUUUGAAGCACAUAAAGUCUCAAAAUGAACCAGUUGCAAGAAGUAUUCAGGAAAAGUUUGAACACAAUAAAAGAAACGGAGUAAGGUGCUCCGAGUGUGCACUCUGCAAUCUAACAUUCAAUGUAAAUACCAAAUACAUUGCUGAUAGGCUGUGGAAGUAUAAUCUUAUAGACUCAAGUUUGUAUAACUGGAUCGUACAGAGCGACAAACCAACUGGAGUUCAGGGAGAAAUGUGGCGAGGGGUUAUUGAUUCUCUGAAUUUCCACUGCAAAAAACAUCGGUCAGAUGUUUGUCGCAUUCUAUCAUCAGCUUUGACGAAGAACAACCACUAUCAUCAUGUUGCACAAGGGAUUGAAAGAAUGAUAAGCAUAAAAGGAGAAAUGAAUUGUUGCUGUAAAAUACGACCAAACACCGUAUAUGAUGGGUCGUUGCCUUCAUUGCAGUCAUCAAGAUCUCCCCCAUCUUCUAAGUUUGAGUCUGUUACAGAUUCCCAAAGCGACCUUGUUUCAAGCCAAGGAGACAUGAAGACGGUUGCCAUUCAGGAUAUGAAUAGAAUCAGAUUCGAUCAGGCUAAUACAAGAACACAAUCAGAUGAUAUUAAACAAACGGGAGAUCAAUCUCAACCGACAAUACGGAGUCCUGAACCAACAUUUGAGACAUGUCCUCAACAGAUGCCGCUUUCCGAUUUCCACCCGAAGAAAGACACUGUUUUGGAUGACACCAACGCUUGUUUGAAGAGGAAUAUUGUUCCUGAAAAGUCCACAAAUGAGCAUCAAGAAACAAACUCAUCUAAGAAUAAAGAUGAUAAGUUCAUACCAGUCACUUAUUUUGAUGGUGCCAACGAUUGUUCGAAGAGCAAUAUUGUUCCUAAAAAGACAACAAGUGAAGUUGAAGAGAUAAACGUAUCUAAGAAAAAAGAUGAAAACUUCAAAUCAUGUACUUUUUUUGAUGGUACCAACAAUUGCUCGAAUAGCAACAUUAUCACUGAAAAUUCAACAAAUGAGCUUGAUAAAACAAAAUCAUCUAGGGAAAAGGAUGAAAACUUUAAACCAGCAGUUCCUCAUGUACAUUUAAAAUCAAUUAACACAAAUAAAGGACAUUUUAUUGUGGUUUCAAAUGAAGAUCUCGUGUCGUCAGACGUUUAGAAAAUACGCUUGCAUACUCUUUGUAUCAAGUUAACGUUUUGAAAAGUCCUUGAUGAAAAGUGUAUAUAUUCGAAUCAUUUGUUAAAAAAACACAAUUCUUAUACUGUAUCGUACAGUCAUAUUAUAAAUUACAAUUAAUAUUUGUCUGUAAGUUGAUACCCCUCGCGUGGUAUUUCAGUUCAAUGGUUGUUAAUAUUCACUGUAACCCUGAGAGACAUGUGUUUUUUUAAUUGAAUCAAUCAAACAAACAUUUUCACGUAAUUUUUCACCGCUAUGCAUUAUUACUCAGAGAGCCUUUCAUCAUUAAUAUUUAUCAUGGGAGAGAACUAGAACAUUACGUUUCUAAGGGCUUAUAGAUUACUUGCCCCACGGGAAUAUUUCAAAAAUUUAUUGACCGGGUGAUAUUCAUUUCAAGGAUAACACCAUGUUACGUCACAUUAGGUUAUAUAGUUAAAUGUUUUCGUCAGGUAUAAUAGCUAUAUUUACUCUUAUUCUGUCAGGUGCAUGUGGUCACAUUCUUUCGUAAUGUAAGUGAACAUACACUAAACAUCGAUCAUUUUCUUAAAGUAUUAUUUCGGUGUUGAACAGAAACUUGCUUGUAAAAUAAAACAUGAAGGCCAUUAACAAUUUAACACUUUUUCAUUGAACUUUGUAUAUAAUAUAUAGAGGAUAUUGAAUGAGUGUAAGUUCAAUACUGAAUUUAUUGCACGAGUUGAAUAAAAUUAUAUUAUGCGAGCCUCUGGCGAGCAUAAAAUUAUUUUAUUCAACGAGUGCAAUAAAUUCAGUAAUGAACUUACACGAAUUUAAUAUUCUAUUUAUCACAUACCCAAAAUAAAGACCGUUUAAAGUAAAAUAAGAGUCAUUUUUCUUUGACGCGCCUAUAGUUUAACGCUAACAUUUAGCGCGUCUUUACACUAUGUUUGUAUAACGCUAAUGACGUCACGUCAAAAAAUAUGCACGGCCGUGCAAUACCAUAUUUACGGAGUCUCAAAAUCGGCACGGGUGUGUGAUAAAGAUAGUAAUCACACGACAAAAAUUUUCAUGCAAAAUGUUGUAAUUUUAAAUUGUAUCCAAAUGCUUAUUAAGGCUAGGAUUGAUCUUAACCUGCCAUGAUUGUGUAUGAAAAAUGAACUUGAGCUUUUCCUUGUAAGUGUUUUCUAAUCCUGCUUUCUAUAAAUAUGUAUAUAAACUUCUUAUGUAUACAAGAAUAAACUUCAAUAAUUUA